CACGAGGCCCACGGCCGCAGGGCCCCCUCCUCCUCCCUCGUGCUCGCGGAUAAUUUCGCUCGCCUCUCCCGUCUCCCGUCUCCUCUCCACUCCGCGGCGCAGGCACCGGCACACAAACCCAGGAGCCGGAACGAACAAGUAACCGAGCCGAGCAGGCGAGCACCUCCAAAUCCGAUCCAGCCCCGUCCCGCAAACCCUAGCCCGCCGUCGCCUCCCUCUCGAUUCCCCCCUCCCGUCCUCGCCAUCCCCGCGCCGUCGCCGCAGAUCGUGGGGCGGAGAUCGUUUUUUUUUCCCUCUCCUUUUGUUCGGCUGCUGUGUGGUGGGCGAAGUCGCGAAGAUGGCGGGCGGAGGGAGCAGGCGCGCCGGCGCGGCGGAGGAGCCGAGGAUCGGCAGCGGGAACGUCUUCGCGGCGCUCGAGACGCUCAAGAAGAAGAAGAAGAAGCCGGCGGCGGACAAGGGGGGCAAGCCCGCCGCCAGGGAGGAGGAGCGCAAGCCGGAGGUCUUCUGGGCGCCCGCGCCCCUCACCACCAAGUCGUGGGCCGACGUCGAGGAUGACGAUGAUGACGACUACUUCGCCACCACCGCGCCGCCGCCCAGGCCCAUCUGGGGGAACAACCGCCGCAACGACGCCAAGGACCAGCGCGACGCGCCCGCCCUGGAAGAGGAAAUUGAGAGUGAAGAUGAUGGCCUUGAUGAUGAGGUCGAUGCUGAUGCUGAUGAGGAACAUGAGCAUGAAGCAGAAGAUGCUGUCCCUGAUGAACCAACUGUGAAGAAUGCUGCAGCUCCACCUACAGCACCCAAAGAUACUGAAAGACAACUUUCCAAGAAGGAAUUGAAGAAAAAAGAACUAGCAGAGCUUGAUGCUGUUUUGGCUGAGUUGGGACUUGGCACACCAGCCAAUUCCACUCAAGAUGAAUCAAAUGGUAAGAAAGACGCAGAUGAAGCCACUGAUGGAGAGAAAAAGGAAGAUGCACCUGCUCCUCCGGAGAGUAAGAGCUCAAAGAAGAAGAAAUCUAAGAAAGACAAGUCUUCAAAAGAAUCAAAGGAAGCACAGGAUCAGGGCAAUGGAUCGGAAGAACCUGAUGAAGACACUGCUUCAGUGGAUGUCAAGGAACGCAUAAAGAAGGUAGCUUCUAUGAAGAAAAAGAAGUCAAGCAAAGAGAUGGAUGCAGCAGCAAAGAUCGCCGCGUCCGAAGCCGCAGCAAGGAGUGCCAGGCUUGCUGCAGCAAAGAAGAAAGAGAAGAGCCAUUACAACCAGCAGCCUCUGCGGUGAACUGCCCUGAUUUUGGAUCUAGAGAACUUUUGAGCUCUGAUAUCCCCUUGUUCGUUUUGGACUCCGCAACAAGUUUUUUGAGAUGCUGUGUUUAUGACUUGGUGGAAGUGUUGUCUGAUGCUCGUAAGCUCGUUUUGGUAAUUAUAUUUGGUGUAGGGGGCCUAAUUGUCGCUGGAUUCUGGAUGAUGGUGUAAAUGGGCUCUGAGGUGUUGGUCAUAGGAACCUUGCUGACUAUAUGGAAAUAUAUGGGAUAUUGGAUACCUAUCUUCUUGCUUAAA